CAAGUUCCGUGACAAUAGACGAGGCCACAACUCGCGACAGAUUCCCGGCAGCAACAAAAGGGAUUUCCCCGUAGAUGAGACAACAGUUUUUGUGAUUUGUGUGUGCGAGUGUGUGUGUGCGUAAGUGCGUGUGUUCUCGAACUCCUUUGAAAUCCUUGCAGACUGUUGAAAAGACAGCAGACAAUAAUGCAUCUGAAACUGGCUCUGUUGGCGUCGCUGUUGACGCUGACGCAGGCAGCUCGGCUGGAUAAUAAAUAUUUGCCACCGCCGGCGAAUGCGGCCAGUGCGGGUGGUGGUGUGGGAGCGGGUCUACAAGGACCGGGUGGCGGCGGCGGUGGCGGCUUUGGUGGUGGCAACAAUGGACUGGGUGGCAUUAAUAAUGGACUUGGUGGUUUCUCGGGAGGCGGUGGACCAAGCCGACCGAUUGGAGCGGCGCCCUCGCCACCACGCGUACCAUCCGCGCCAGCGCCACCUGCCGGCGGACCCGUUAUACCCAUUUUAUCGUUUGUGAACGAAAACGAUGGCGAUGGCAACUAUCGCUUCAGCUAUGAGACAGGCAACGGGAUCAAGGCGGAGGAGGAGGGCACCGUGAAGAAUAAGGGAUCUGCGAACGAGAUACCCUCGGUGAUGGGCUCCUACACGUACACCAAUCCCGAGGGUGAGCUGGUGGAGAUUUCUUAUACGGCCGAUGAGAACGGUUUCGUGCCUUCCGGUGCGGCUCUACCGACACCGCCGCCCAUUCCGGAUGCCAUAGCAAAGGCACUGGCUGCUCAGGGCAUUUCUCCACUUCCUGGCGGUGGCUUCAGCGGUGGUUCAGGUGCCGCAGGAGCAGGAGCAGGAGCUGAUGGAUAUGGAGGUGGUGCGGGAGCAGGAGGAUAUGGUGGUAGAGGAGGAGGUGGUGGUGCUGGCGCUGGAGGUGCAGGAGGCGGCGGCGCAGGUGGCGCUGGAGCCGGAGGAUAUGGAGGAGGCGGUGGCCGUGGUGGCGCUUCAGGAGGCGGCGGUGCGUUCGGUGGAGGCGCAGGUGGCGGUGGUGCAGGAGGCGCUGGAGCGGGAGGUUUCGGAGGUGGUGCCGGUCGCGGAGGUGGCGCAGGAGGCGCUGGUGGUGUUGGAGCCGGAGGUUACGGAGGUGGUGCCGGUCGCGGAGGUGGCGCAGGAGGUGCAGGAGGCGCUGGUGGUGCAGGAGCUGGAGGUUAUGGAGGUGGCGCAGGAGGUGCCGGUCGUGGUGGAGGUGCGGGAGGUGCUGGAGCUGGAGGUUAUGGAGGUGGCGCCGGAGGUGCUGGGGGCGCUGGUGGUGCAGGAGCUGGAGGUUAUGGAGGUGGCGCUGGAGGUGCCGGUCGUGGUGGAGGCGCUGGUGGUGCUGGAGGCUAUGGUGGAGGCGCGGGAGGUGCUGGAGCUGGAGGUUAUGGAGGUGGCGCCGGAGGUGCUGGAGGCGCUGGUGGUGCAGGAGCUGGAGGUUAUGGAGGUGGCGCAGGAGGUGCCGGUCGUGGUGGAGGCGCGGGAGGUGCUGGAGCUGGAGGUUAUGGAGGUGGCGCCGGAGGUGCUGGAGCCGCUGGUGGUGCAGGAGCUGGAGGUUAUGGUGGUGGCGCAGGAGGUGCCGGUCGUGGUGGAGGCGCUGGUGGUGCUGGAGCUGGAGGUUACGGUGGUGGCGCAGGCGGUGCUGGAGCCGGAGGAUUCGGUGGCGGUGCCGGUCGUGGUGGAGGUGCAGGUGGCGCUGGAGGUUAUGGUGGCGGCGCUGGAGGUCCUGGAGGUGGAGGUGGCGGAGGUGCUGGAGCCGGAGGAUUCGGAGGUGGUGCUGGUCGUGGUGGUGCGCCAGGAGGUGCUGGAGGCGCUGGAGCUGGAGGUUAUGGUGGUGGCGCAGGAGGUGCCGGAGGAUUCGGAGGUGGUGCCGGUCGUGGUGGCGCACCAGGAGGCGGUGGUGGAGGCGCUGGUGGAGCUGGCGCUGGAGGUUAUGGUGGUGGCGCAGGAGGUGCUGGAGCCGGAGGUCGUGGCGGUGCCCCCGGCUUCGGAGGCGCAGGAGGAGCAGGUGGAGCCGGAGGAUUUGGAGGUCGGGGUGGUGCCCCAGGAGGAGGUGGUGCCCCCGGUUUCGGAGGCGGUGCUGGUGCGGGAGGAGCAGGUGGAGCUGGAGGAUUUGGAGGUGGUGCCGGUCGAGGUGGUGGACCAGGAGGACCUGGUGGAGCAGGACGAGGAGGUGCUGGCGGCGGCGGCGGUGCUGGCGGUCCUGGCUCGCAGUACAUUCCUCCUUCUACUGGUGGCGGACGUGGUAACGGGGAAUUUGAUCCACAGAGUGGCUACAUUUAUUAGAUCAGGCCAAGGUCGACGGAUGAAACCUCGAUACAAUUCAUUCUGCCGCAAAAUACUCGUAGCUCUCAGGUCAUAAG